AUGGAUGCUGUGGGAGGUACAGCCGGCAUAUUUUAUUUUAUACACCGAUGCCUUAGUCAUUUUAAGCAAGCCCGUGGCUUUGAAGAUGAAUUCGGAAUCUAUCAGUUACAACUCCAAGGGCACCUCUCCCACUGCGCUUCUAUUUCAAAAGUCAUCCACAAUACCAACAGCCAUAACAAGUUGAUCGCAAACGCAACGGACGGCCCAGAAAAUAUACCAAAAGACCAAGAAGCAACAACAGCCGAGACUCUCUCUGCCAUUCAAGAUGCACUCCGCCGAGCUCAGCUUGAAGCUGCAAUGAUUGAAGCUCAGUGCACUGCAACUGGCCUAGACCCAGACGCUGUAAUGCGAACUCGCAUGGCGAUAUUUCUCCACAGGCAAAAAGCCCAUCUAGCGAAAACAACAGAAGGGCUCAAAUGGGCGUUAUACAAGAGAGAGUCUCGCGACAAAUUCAUCGCAAAAAUAUCCGUUCUACUUCUGCAACUCGAGCGUCAAGUCAGCAUGGAAAACUUGACAAUGGGGGAUGCGAGGCUAAUGUACAUGGCGAAUCCGUGGUGGUUGUUUGAACAUAGUAGCACGAAUGGAAGUCAGUAG